AUAGUGUGACCCUAAACUGAAGUAUCACUACCAAAAUCUUGGAAGAAGUUAGGUGUGAAGCUUAACAGAAGGUCAGGGGCACACUACUCAACAGGGCUGAGCAGCGUCCCACCACAGGGUGUGUGUGGACUCUGGUUUGCUAUGUCUGAGCCAGCUGGGAUAGACCUGAGCUGGGGAGGCAGAGAGGAGGAAAAAGCUGUGGCUGCAGGAGGAAAAAUGAGCUACCGAGGGCAAUGUGGAAAAGAGAGCUCCCGUCAUCUGGCGUGUGUCUUGGAACAUUCUCCUGAUAUGUGGAAACAGACUGACGCUGUAGCUCGUGAGCUGAUGGGAACACAAGACGGCAGGUGAUUUCUGCCCUAUGUGCCAAGAUUAAUCAGAACAAUUGGCUGCUGAUGGCAAAGUAGUUUUUAGCGUCAUGUUGCCCUGAAUUCCAACAGUACAGGCCAGUGGGUAUGUCGAUGUGCUCUGUCAUGUCUGUACUACUCCUGCAAGAGCAAAUUACCCAGUGCCAGGUAAACUGCACACGGCACAUUUAGUGUGUGCGUAAAUGUCCUGCACACAAGCUUGUGUUAAAGAGUCAGCAUUGUUGAAUUAAUAUCCAAAUUCUGUUUCGGCUAUGUGAAAUUCUCAUUUAUGUUAUUUUUUUUGGUAUCAUGUUCAUGUUGCGUCUGUCCACAGAGCAGCCAAGGCAGCAAGGCAAUGUCAGAUAACGCAGGAGACAGUGGUACUCUAGAUAAGAGAGGAAUUCCUCAACACUCUGCACUAUCACCAACCUCUACCGACGAUCUUCAUGUGCAUAUCUUGACAUUGCUUUCAAUUUCUCUGUUUAUACAUCCUGUAUGUGCAUACAUAUUCUUGCAGUACCAUAAUGUGCUGCGUGUGAUAGUAGAGCAUCGUUACUCUGUUGCAAAAAUAGAAUAAUAACUGAAUACUUUGCUCAAAUAGAUUUGCUGAUCCCUUAAAUUUUUACUGUGGUUACAAUAUAAGACAAAUUAUUAAAAGUAAAAGUACCUUUUUAUCUAAUCACAAAAAGGCUUACACAAAAGUGCAGACUUUAUAAACUACUCAUAAUCAGAGGUUGGAGAAUACUUCACAGGCCACUGAAUUAUUUUAAGUGCAGGAGUUGCAAAUAGAAAGGUGAAAGAAUUAUGCUUUGUAUUUUUUAGUAUAACAACAUAAUUUAUAUACACGAAAUAACCUAUAUUCAUUAACCAGAAUAUCUUUCAGACGUGACCGUGAACGUUUUAUCGUGGCAGGAAUGGCAGGAACAAGUGUUGGUGAUCUUUUGAAGAUGGAAAAUCCUAACUGGCUGAGUGGAGCAAUGGAUUACAUUAUUAGCAGUUUGGCUCGGGCUGGUCGAUGUGCAUUCCUCCAAAAUGCGGAUCAUGGACCGGGGCAAACCGUUUGGGCCCCUUCAAGGUCUGUCCCUCCUGCAGGGAUCCACUGGGGGCAGGUCGGCCCCCCAGGGACCAUAAUGUUGCUGGCAGCACAUCAGUGUUGGCCCAGGGAGAGCCCUGUGGUGUGUACACCCUGAGCUGUGCCAAGGGGCUCCGCUGUGUUCCCCCAGCAAGGGAGCACAGCCCCCUCCAGGCUCUGUUGCAGGGAAGGGGCAUUUGCGCCAAGCACAGCAGGACUAGUCCCACUGAGAGGCCCCACCCCACAGGUCCUCAUCCCUCACACAGUGGUGACAUUGAAAGAGCACCCUGCCGCAAGCUGCUCAAUAGUUACCUGAGGGGUCUGGAGCUGACAAUCUUCCAGUCUGACCGCGAUAUCUAUAUACCCAACUGUGACACUCGUGGUUUCUACAGGAAAAAGCAGUGCCGCUCCUCCAAGGGCAUGCAGCGUGGCCACUGCUGGUGCGUGGAUGAGCUCGGCACGCCCGUGCCCUCAAGUGCCAGCGAAGAUGGCACUUUACCAUGCGAUGGGGAGUGAGGGAUGAGUCUGUCCUAUUGCUUUGAGCCUGGAGGAAGAGGAGAAGUUGGAGGAGGAGGAGGAGGAGGUGGUGGUGGAGGAGGAGGAGGAGCACAGGGAGAGGGGGGGUGGCUUUAGCAUGUGCUAAACACUGCCUGGACAGGAGGUAGCAGGGAUAAACCACUUCCUAUGGAAAAUACACACCAGUUAACGUUGUCCGCUUUAAGCAAGACACACACACUCUCACAGUCCAGCAGCAGCAGCAACAAUAACAUCUGCCUGAAUGUUCAACAGUUGCAGCAACGUUCUCUGCGUCGUCUGGUGACAAGCUGCAUGCUCACAUUAAUGCUCCGUGAACUGCCUCAGUGAUCCAAGCGGUAUUACUCCGAAUGAUCUCUAUAUUCCCUGGCUCUUGUCCUGGCUUUCUGGUAGAUUUUUAUUUUACUUUUUACUUUAGGAUAGCUGACACUGCCUGUGUUUGUUCUGAUCUCAGUGGGCUGAAAUACUGUUACGCAGGUGACGUGACACAAAUGUUUGAAAAAAUGUGUCUCCCUCACCGUCCUCUCUCCCUCUCUCCAAAGAUACACUGAUAUCAAAAUACCUAAUUGACAGAAUAUUUCUUUUUUUUUUUUAUUUAUUUUUGAGUCUGUAUUUCCAUAAAGUACUGCUUGAAUCUUACAGUAUCUUAUAUAUGGUGUCAAGUCAGAAAAAAUAGUCAUACGAAUAUGAUCUUGGAUGCUUCUGUUCAUUUUAUUUGUCAAAAUGGCGUUCUGACUGCUUAUUAGUUGAUUGUUUGUACAUAUGUUGGAAUUUUGUGGUCGACUGUGUGUUCUGAAGUGGCAGACAAAAAGCUUACGGCUGUUCCCUUUUCAAAAAGUUGUAAGGCAUAUUUUUAUACACGUCAAUAUAAUAUUUUAUAUAUGAAUUGUUGGUUUAUUUAAUGAACUACAGUACAAUGCCAUGUAUUUUUAUAUUGUCAGCAGUUUCUUAUUUAAAGACAGAGAUUAUUUUAUUUCAUGUUAGGGGAAGUGUUGUGCUUUAAAGGCACCUUUAUGGCAAAACUCAUCACAUUCAUCAGAGCUCUAUUCAACUGCUGCACAUCUUUAUGGUUAUAUCUCAUGUUUUUAAUUUCCUUUUUUAUUUAUGCUUUGUUUAUUUGAGAAUUGAGAAUGUCCAUGUUACUAUUAUGUUUUAUGUUGGCACAUCAUAAUACAAAUUCUGAUUUCAAUAGAGGAAAAAAAAAAGCUCAAAUUUGUUAUUGUUAUAGUAUGUCUUUCCUUGUCCUUGCAAAAGUCAUGAAAUUGUGUGCUAUUAAAGUGUGAUUAGAAUUUAUCUGUUUCUGAACAAUCUUGUUGUGCCAAUGUGUGUGCCGUGAUGAUAGGUCCGUGCACAAAGGACCUGUAAGAUUUGCAAAUAUGAAAAUAAAACAUAAUGAUAAUAAAAAUGGAGAAGAAUUAAACAUAUAUUAAUAUAA